ACAUAAUUUAAUGGGGACUGCGGACGGCCUUCACAGAUUUGACCUUCAAGGGGCGAUGAUGAUGUAUUAUAAUUGUAAAUAUUUAGCGCUCAGAUUGGUCCAUCCAGAAGCCCAAGCCAAGUCGGAGAACGAAUAACGUUUUCGUUCUCUCUCCACUUCGCUCGCCUGGGCUCUACCUUCAACACCACAGCCACGCAUGGCCACUUCGGCCGAUGAACACUUUGUGACAACGGUUGAUAAUGUUAUGGAGCCAACAUGCUGGGGUUGUGGAUUGCUUCUUAUUCUUCCAUCUUACACACCUACUUUUAAGUGUGGUUGGUGUGGAGCCAUAACAAGUCAAAACAUAUGGAAACAGGAAAGCAAGUACUCUUGUUGGAGACGUUUGCGUGACCGGUGCUUUGUUUGUGUCCUCCUUGUAUUUAUGCUCUUUGUGAUAUGUGGUGGAGUGUGGGCGGUGUAUCCUGUUAUUUUCUCAAUUAGCUACUUUUAUGGGGUUUUUCACUUGACCAUCGCGAUAGUCCUGUCUAUAUCUACACUUUCUACUUUCAGCCUUGCAGCAUUCUGCUGUGCUGGCACACCGCCGAGCAUUAUGUGGGGUAGCUAUCCACUUGUGGGGAGUGGUGACCUUGAAAACUAUACCUUCUGUCACUAUUGUUCAAAGCCAAAAUCUCCUAGAAGUCAUCACUGCCGGACAUGUGGAAUUUGUAUACUGGAUAUGGAUCAUCACUGCCCAUUUAUUGGGAACUGUGUUGGUGCAGCUAAUCACCGGCACUUCAUCACCUUCCUCAUUUCAACAGUUGUCAGUACGAUUUACGUUGCAAUCAUGUCUAUAAAUGUGGGGUUGCAAAUCUGGCCGCCAUUAACGUUGAGUUCUCAUAACCGCUUACACGGGUCCAGUACUGAUAUGGCUUUGACAAUCAUGAGGGAAAUCAUUCUUGCUUUGCUGAACUCUGCAGAGCUUUUGUCUACAAGAGGUCUUCUUCUUAUUUAUCUUUUUGUUGCUUGUAUUUCUGUAAAUGUCGGGUUAAGUGUACUUCUGUGGCAGCAGCUGUGUUUUAUAUACAAGGGUAACACUUACUUAAGCCAUUUAGCUUCUCAAGGAAGUGAGCAGGAUGGAGUAAAAGAUUGCCAAAAUCUUUUUCGUUUUUUUGGUUGCUCAUAUUCUGUUUCCAGAUACUUGCCUAUCAUUCGCACUUCUCCUAAAACACACAAGAAAUGAAAAGAGAUAUGUAGACAGUAAAAAGUGGAUAUCUUCUUUAUCUGCUUUGUAAUUUAAUCUUUCUUUUGUUAAUGGGGUGUUUUUUAUUUUAUUUUUUUCAUUUUUUUAA